ACUUUUACAUGUGCUGCAGCACUCACGAGUAGCAAAAGGUUUGUUUAACUUUCGGUUCAGUAAAAAUAGGAAAGUUACUCCACCCAAGAUAAAUAAUGCGUUAUAUCUGAAUUUAGAAUGAUAUACUGUAGUGUGGUCCUAGAUGAUUGGAAGAAUACAACGUUAGGAAUUCAAUUUUUAAAGCUUGUUUUGUUGUGUGGUCCUUAUCAACGCUGCGAUCCAACAAAGACUUACAAACAGCUAAGCCAUGUCAGAUAACAACCCACCUCUGGACAAGAUGCAGUGGAAGAGGAAAUGGAAAAAGAAGAGACCAGGGAACGUGCCAAAUAAUACAUACAAUACUAACACACCACAUUGCAAUGAAACUGAUUUUACAGAGUCUCAUGACACUUCUAUCAAAGUUACGAUUCAUUCAGGAGUCAGUUCGGAUCAGUCCUCUUCCCACACCUCUGCUCCUGUGCGGGUUGCUCAGGUUAUUACUAGCUCCACUUCGCAGCAGCACUGUAAGCCAACCACCUCAGUGCACAACCAGCCCACCUCUUCUUCUGGUGUGAGAACUCUGGAUUCUAAAAGGGACGUCUCCAUUGCUGCUGCUAGUUCAUCUAAACAACGUAGCGGACAAAGGAUGGUUCACCUCACCACCACGCCGUCUAAGUGCUUGGCCAUAGACUGUGAGAUGGUGGGCGCAGGUCCCAAAGGCCACAUAAGCCAGCUCGCACGGUGCAGUAUUGUCUCGUAUGAUGGAGACGUGGUGUACGAUAAAUUUAUCCGGCCGCUGCUGCCCAUAACAGACUACCGCACACGAUGGAGCGGCAUCAGGAAGAGUGAUCUAUACGGGGCUAUGCCAUACGACCAGGCCAGGAAAGAGAUCCUGAAGCUGCUCGUGGGGAAGGUGCUGAUUGGACAUGCCAUUCACAACGACCUCAGAGUGCUAAACUACAACCACCCAAAAGCUCUGAUCAGAGACACGUCCCGGAUCCCUCUGCUCAAUGCUAAGGCUGGAUUCCCCGAGCAUCAGCCAGCUUCACUCAAGAGGCUCACGAAGGCUAUCUUCAACCAGGACAUCCAGACUGGGAGGAAAGGUCAUUCGUCUGUGGAGGAUGCCAAGGCCACGAUGGAGCUUUACAAAGUGAUUGAAGUGGAGUGGGAGCGGAAGAUGGCCUCCACAGCUCUGUUCAAUGGAAAAUAAAUGAACCAUGAUGAUUAUGGUUCUUGACUUGUAGAUGCAAAAAAAUGUGACUUAUACUUGGGUUAUAUUGUUGGACUGUUGAGGUAGAGGUUUGUUCUCAGGUAAAUCUCAAACUAUGCUGCAGUCACAAGAUACAACAAGUAUGAUACUUGUCUUGUGAUAUUUUAAGCAACUUUUAAAACAACUAUUUACCCUCUCAAAGUUGUUUUUGGGGUGAUUCGUGCAUGACCAAUUUUUAAUUGUUUAUUUUCAAGAUGCCCUUUUGCCAAUCUACCUUUUCACCACCACCAGCAUACUUACUUCGUUCUCUAAUUUUAUUUUCUUAAUCUGCAUUGUGUAGUCAUUUUGGUACAAAUAAAAACAAACACUAUUCACUAAAGUGCUCUGCAGCUAUUCUUAGGAGGUGCAGAUAACUUCAUGGCUCUUUGUUGUGAUGACCUUUACUGCGACGGCAGCUCCCAUUGGGUUUUCUAACGCAGAAGUCAUUGGAUUUGUUUCUUUUAUUAAGUCGUUUUAGAUGAAUACUGCAAUUUAAAAUGUGUAAAUUCUAACAUAAUGAUCCACGGGUGUCAUAGAUUAUAACUAUAGAGCAGACACAAGCACAUUAUGUCUUCUGUAGCAACCAAAGAUUGUUUAUUCUACUGUAGUCAGGGGUGG